CUCUGCGCUAUAAAUGCAGCACGGAGCGCGGCAACAUCUGCACUUUAGAGCAGGCGUGGUCAGUCAGAGCGAACAGGUGGGCCGGUGACAGCUGCAGGAAACUUUAUCAAGACUUUGCUCUCUCCUCCAGACUAUCACUCACAGCUGCAACAAAAAUGCCGAAGUGCCCAAAGUGCGAGAAGGAAGUUUACUUCGCCGAGAAGGUGACAUCACUGGGAAAGGACUGGCACAGGCCCUGCCUAAGAUGUGAGAAGUGCAGCAAGACUCUUUCACCAGGCUCACACGCAGAGCAUGAAGGCAAGCCUUACUGUAACAAACCCUGCUACGCUGCUCUGUUCGGACCUAAAGGAUUUGGACGCGGUGGAGCUGAGAGCCACACAUAUAAAUAAAUAGGUUCAGGGGCCCUGCAGUGAAAAUGUUGCCUGGAAACUACAUGGAAGAAGCCAGCAUGCUCAGAAGUCACAAUCAAAACCAGCAAACAAACCGUGCUCUCGUUCAGACACAUUUUGUGUGCGUGUUCUUUUAUUUUAUGAAUUUGAACUCUGUCGUCUGAUUUUUGCAUUCCCAUUAUAUGUUAUGAAGUGACUGUCCUCUGGUCUCAUCUUUUUAUUAGGGCGGUCAGUCUGAUUAAACACUUUUUAAAAUUUG